AUGAGAUUGAAAAAAACAUCACCUUUGAAGUAUCACCUUUUUAGUGAUUAUGAAGUCUGGUUUGCAUCUCUUUUUGCCAUUUUGUUACUAUUUAGUUGUGGAUUAAUUACAAUUUCCUGGAUAGCAAUCAAGGAGUCUGGAAAUGAUGUGAUCUUUGGCAAGAGUCAUGAAACCAGAGGAAUGUUUAAAAUAGUGUCUGGAGCAACAUAUACUCCAAGUUUACAAGAUAAUCUAUCAACUGAUUUCAAGGUUCUUGCUUAUGACCUUCAGCAAAUGGUCGAUGAAAUAUUUCUAACAAGUAAUUUGAAGGAUGAAUACAAGAGUUCCAAAGUUUUGCAAUUCAAAAAUGGCAGCAUUUUAGUCAUAUUUGAUCUUUUCUUCACCAAAUGGAUAUCAGAUGACAAUAUUCAGAAUGAGUUGAUUCAAGGAAUUGAUGCCAAUAACCAACUGAUGAGUUUACAAAUUGAUUUGAACAGCAUAUAUGUCACAGGUGCUGACAAACUUACAACUAGCAAUCCUCCAACAACCAAAGAUCCUGAAAGACUUACAGUAACUAGCAAUCCUCCAACCACCAAAGAAAGCAUCUCAGUUGAAUGCCUUCCUGGUUCAAAACCUUGUGCUGAUGCUCUAAACUGUAUACCUGAAGAACUGUUUUGUGAUGGAGAACCAGACUGUUCUGAUACUUCUGAUGAAAACAGUACAACUUGUGCUACAGCUUGUGAUGGAAAUUUUAUGUUGACUGGAUCCACUGGAUAUUUUCAUUCACUUAAUUAUCCAGAACCUGAAAACUCAAAUGGCUUUUGCCAGUGGAUUAUACAUGUGCAACAAGGCUUUUCCAUUAAGCUGAAUUUCAGUUCUUUUAAUACAUAUUACACAGACACAUUAAAUAUUUAUGAAGGUAUAGGACCAAAUAAAACUUUAAGAGCUUCCCUCUCAGAGCCUAAUCCAGGAACAAUAUACAUUUUUUCUAACCAAGCAACUGUAAAGUUUCUCAUAGAUUCUAAUGAAAAUGAUUACGUUGGUUUUAAUGCAACAUAUUCUGAAUUUGAUAGCAGUGAACUCAGCAAUUAUGACAAAAUUAACUGCAACUUUGAGGAUGGAUUUUGUUACUGGAACCAAUAUAUAAAAGAUGAUAAUGAAUGGGAAAGAAUUCACGGAAAUAUAUUCCCACCUCUGACUGGACCAGAUAAUGACCAUACAUUGGGCAAUUUUUCAGGAUUUUACAUUUCUACCCCAACGGGGCCAGGAAGUAGAAAAGAAAGAGUGAGGCUUUCAAGUCUCUCUUUAGUUCCCUCUUUAGAUCCGGUUUGCCUUAGCUUCUGGUAUUAUAUGUAUGGUGAAAAUGUCUAUCGCUUAAGCAUUAAUAUCAGCAACAAAUAUGAUGUGGAAAAGACAAUUUUUCAAAAAGAAGGAAAUUAUGGCCAAACUUGGAAUUAUGGACAAGUAACAAUAAAUGAAAAAGUUGAAUUUGAGGUUCAUAUUGACGGUUAUAAAAAUGGAAUGUUGAGUGACAUAGCAUUGGAUGACCUUAGCCUAGCAAGUGGAAUUUGCAAUAAGAGUGCAUAUCCAGAACCAACACCCGUUCCAACUCUACCACCAGAACUUCCUACUGACUGUGGAGGACCUGUGGAACUCUGGGAGCCAAAUACAACUUUUUCUUCUAUGAAUUAUCCAAAUAACUACCCCAAUCAAGCUUUCUGUGUCUGGUACUUAAAUGCUGAAAAAGGGAAGAACAUUCAACUUCAUUUUGAAGCAUUUGACUUAGAAAAUAUUAAUGAUGUUGUUGAAGUCCGAGAUGGCAGAGGUGACGACUCCUUAUUGUUGGCUGUGUAUACAGGAUUAGGUCCUGUAAAAGACAUAUAUUCCAGUACCAACCAGAUGACUGUGCUCUUCAUCACUGGCAAAGAGAUAAACAAAAGAGGGUUUUUAGCCAACUUUACUACUGGCUACCACUUGGGAAUGUCAGAACCCUGUAAACAAAAUGAAUUUCAGUGUGUGAAUGGAGACUGCAUUCCAUUGGUUAAUCUUUGUGAUAAUUAUCAACAUUGCAUUGAUGGUUCAGAUGAAACAAAUUGUGUUCAGCUAUUCAAUGGCACACUAAGUGUCAAUGGCUUGGUACAGUUCAGGAUUCAGAAUGUAUGGCAUACAGCUUGUGCAGAUAACUGGAAUGACCAACUUUCAAAUGAUGUUUGCCACUUAUUAGGAUUAGGGAAUGUGAAUACAUCAUCACAAUUUUUUUCAUCUGGUGGUGGACCAUUUGUCAAAUUAAGUAUCAGUUCUAAUGGCAGUGUAAUCAUGAUGCCCAGUGAAAAAUGUUUUAAUGAUUCACUGAUUCACUUAUACUGCAAUCAUAAACCUUGCGGGAAACAAAUAGCUCAAGAAACCAACCCAAAAAUUGUUGGUGGAAAUAAUGCCAAGGAAGGGGCAUGGCCCUGGAUGGUUUCUCUGUUUUUCAAUGGGCGCCAUAUCUGUGGUGCUUCUCUUAUUAGCAAUGAAUGGCUAGUAUCAGCAGCACAUUGUGUAUAUGGGAGGAAUUUAAUAACAUCUCAGUGGAAAGCCAUCCUAGGCCUUCACAGUACAUUGAAUCUGACAAAUUCUCAAACAGUAAUUCAGCUGAUUGAUCAAAUUAUCAUAAAUCCACAUUACAAUAAGCGAACAAAGGACAGUGACAUUGCUCUGAUGCAUCUUCAAUUCAAAGUGAAUUACACAGAUUACAUACAGCCCAUUUGUUUACCUGAAGCGAUUCAAGUCUUUCCUCCAGGAAUGAACUGUUUUAUUGCUGGCUGGGGCAGAAUAAUAAAUGGAGGCCCUACUGCUACCAUACUGCAAGAAGCCAAAAUCCCUCUUAUAUCAAAUGAGAAAUGCCAACAACAGAUGCCAGAAUAUACCAUUACUGAAAAUAUGAUAUGUGGAGGCUACGAAGAAGGAGAAAUUGAUUCCUGUCAGGGAGAUUCUGGUGGACCAUUAAUGUGUCAAGAAAAUAAGAAAUGGUUUCUUGCUGGUGUUACAUCAUUUGGAUACCAGUGUGCAUUGCCUAAUCGUCCUGGGGUAUAUGUUCGAAUACCAAAAUUUGUAAAAUGGAUAAAAAAUUUCAUGCCUUUUUAUGUAAAUAGAAACCAACUGCCCUGA